AUGGUAAAGACUACAUCAACCAAAUCAUUAUUUUCAUCUUUAUCAUCACCAGACUCAUCAUUAACCUCUUCAUCAUCUUCAAAUUUUGAAUCUUUAUUUGAAAAAUCUAAAAGUCAAUUUGAUCAAAUUUCACUAGAAUUUGAAUUAAUCCUAAAUACUUAUAAACUUAAAUCACAAAAAUUAGAUCUCACUGAAAGGAAAUUAACUAAAAAGGAGAAAUUAUUGAAAGAGAGAGAAUUACACCUUAAUGAAAGAGAAACUAUUGUAAAAGAACAUGAAGAAUAUUUUAAUUGUUUAGAAAAGAAAUUAUCAAUCACCACAACAAUUGAAACUAAAUUAGGAAAAAAUCAAAAAGUUAAAUUAGAUAUCGGUGGUAAAAUAUUUGUAACAACUUUAUCAACAUUAACAAGUGUUAAAGAUACAUUCUUUACUGGUUAUUUUAAUGAUCAUUUCAAUCCAACCGUUGAAGAUGAUGAUAAUUCAUUCUUUAUUGAUAGACCAAAUGAACAAUUUCAUUUAAUUUUAAAUUAUUUGAGAGGAAUUGAUAUUAAAUGUAAAAUAGCAAGUUUAAAUGAAUGUGAUUUAAAUGAUUUUAUUGAAGAAAUUGUUUAUUAUCAAUUAACACCUAUAUAUGAAAUAUUGCCCUCCAAUGGAAUUGAUAUUUUGAGAACAAAAUAUUCCAUUAAUAGUAAUCCUUAA